UGAGCUGGGAGGGACCAUGACAAGACACUCCGGGGGGGUAGCAGUUCCACAUUGGGUUGCGCAGCUUUGCAGGUGUGACAGCGAGGAGACUGGACCUGUGGGUGAUCCGCCGUCAUCCCCCCCCCUGCACUCCUGUCUGUUAGGAGCGGCCGCUGUGUGAGGAGCCCGCUGCCAGUCACUUGUGUCAGGAGCUCUGGCCAGUGCGCCUCUCAGCUAUGCUUCAUUUCAUUCAGGCUGUGCAGUCAUAAAGUUGUACUGAAAAUUUCAAGGGUACUUAUGUCAUGAUGAAUGUUAUUUAAUAAUUAAAAUAAAACAACAUGACUUUAGAACCGGGUUCUGAUUCUGCGUCCAAACAAGACCAAGAGAAAGACCAGAAAGGGACAGGUGGAACACAGUCAGGGCAACAGCCUGGAGAAGACCAUCAGAACGCAUUAGAACAAUUCCCGGCUGCGGCUGCACAUAGUACACCCUUAAAAAGUGAAAAGAACGCAGACAAAGACUGGGAUAAAGAGGCUGCUGCUGCAAAACAACUUGAAUAUCAACAGCUUGAAGACGACAAAGUCUCUCAGAGAUCUGUUUCCAGCAAGCUUUCCAAAUCUCCUCUGAAAUCUGCUAAAAGACCUAAAAACAUGCAAGCUAAAGUGAUACUUCUUGAUGGCUCUGAAUACACGUGUGAGGUGGAGAAACGGUCAAGAGGUCAAGUUCUCUUCGAUAAAGUGUGUGAACAUUUAAACCUUUUGGAAAAAGACUAUUUUGGCCUAGUGUACAGAGACUUGGAAAAUCAAAAGAACUGGUUGGAUCCCGCUAAAGAAAUCAAGAAACAAACACGAAAUGGUUCUUGGCAGUUCUCCUUUAAUGUAAAGUUCUACCCACCCGAUCCUUCCCAGCUUUCAGAAGACAUAACCAGGUACUAUCUGUGCUUGCAGUUACGAGAUGACAUUGUAUCCGGGCGUCUCCCUUGUUCCUUUGUGACACUGGCUCUCCUGGGAUCUUACACUGUGCAGUCAGAACUUGGAGACUAUGAACCUGAUGAGUAUAGUGGUGACUAUGUCAGUGAAUUUCGCUUUGCACCAAACCAGACAAGAGAACUGGAAGACAAAGUUGUUGAUCUGCACAAAAGUUAUAGAGGAAUGACUCCUGCUGAAGCUGAAAUGCACUUCCUGGAAAAUGCCAAAAAAUUGUCAAUGUAUGGGGUGGAUCUACAUCAUGCUAAGGAUUCUGAAGGAGUAGAAAUUAUGUUGGGUGUUUGUGCCAGUGGUCUGUUGAUAUAUCGAGAUAGAUUACGGAUAAAUCGGUUUGCUUGGCCAAAAGUCCUGAAAAUUUCAUAUAAAAGGAAUAAUUUUUACAUCAAGAUCCGCCCAGGCGAGUUUGAACAAUUUGAAAGCACCAUUGGUUUCAAGUUGCCAAACCACCGGGCUGCCAAACGCUUAUGGAAAGUGUGUGUGGAACAUCAUACUUUCUUUAGGCUGCUGUUACCAGAGGCACCUCCCAAAAAGUUCCUAACCUUAGGGUCAAAGUUCCGCUACAGUGGGAGGACGCAAGCUCAGACGAGACGAGCAAGUGCACUGAUUGACAGGCCUGCACCCUAUUUUGAACGCUCUUCUAGCAAACGUUAUACCAUGUCCCGGAGCUUAGAUGGAGCAUCAGUGAAUGAAAACCAUGACAUGUAUAUGAAGGAUUCUGUGUCUGCCACAGAGGUGGGCACCGGCCCAUACAUCACCACAAAGGGUGCAUCCCAAACCAACUUGAUUGCAUCGGCAACCCCCGAGAAAAAGGUUGAGGAAGAGAAAAAAGAGGAGGAGGAAGAACAACGCAAGAAAGUCGAAGUUGUCACGACUGUCACUACUACAAUACGUCAUGAUGCAAAGACUGACAGUGAACAGACGGAUACAGCAGCUGAUGGGGAAACCACGGCCACUGAGAAUAGUCUCAUUAAGCGAAUAAAGGGUGAAAAUGUAUAUGUCAAACAUAGUAAUCUUAUGUUAGAGGAGUUUGAUAGAGACCAGGAAGAAUUAAUGAAACAUCAAACGAACAUUAGUGAGCUGAAAAGGACAUUUUUGGAAACAUCAACAGAUACAGCAGCCGCUAGCGAAUGGGAGAAACGGCUGUCUUCUUCUCCAGUCCGACUUGCAGUGAGACAGGAAGAAGCUCCUAUGAUUGAACCACUUGUGCCUGAAGAGCAGACCAAAGAAGAAAAAGAAGAAGUAGAAAGACGUGCUUCUUUGGAAAAGACAAGCUAUUCAAUGUUAGAAUCUCAGCCAGGGGACAUAGUGAAGAAACUUCGGGAAGCGAGAGCCACCAGCCCUGUGGCUACUUCUCAUCAAAUCAUUAUGCAGAAAACUAUCCCAUCAUCCCCAGAGGGCACUGAGGAUUGGGUUAUUGUAGACAAAGUACCCACUAAGGUAGUUGAUGGUGAAACAAAAAGCAUUAUGACUUACAAGGUGACAACUGUGAGCACUGAGAAACCAGCUGGAACAUUUAAAACCAGUCCAAUCGGAACUCAGAGUCUGGAUGCCUUAAAAAUGGAAAUUAGAGCAAGAGAAGAGGAAAACAGACAGAAAAUGUAUGCAUUAGGAAAAACCUAUGAUGCAGUAUCUGGUAAGAUUGUAACAAUGACUAGUAAAGGUAAAGAAGGUGACAAGGUGUCACAGCCUUCCUCUCUUGAAGUCAUCCAACAAGUAGAGAAAGACAUUUCUGAAACUGUGAAACGAAGUCCAGCUGUAGGUGAAUUUGAGAUCUUAGAAUCCAUAAGCGAUGACAAGGGUAGGAAAACCCAGGAGGGAUUAACCAUAAAGAGAAGAGUAUCAGAGUCACUCACUCCCAUUAAAGAGUCAGACUCUCAGCUGGCAAGUCCAAUUGAAGAUGGCCUAACAAAGGUACAGGACACUGGAGUGAAGAUACUUGAAAGUGUGAUCACCGAGAAGACUGUAGGAUAUCCUGAAUAUGAAGUCAUCAAAACAGAGGCUCCAGACUGGAAAGAGAAGAAACUGUCUGAUUGGAGAUACACAAGAGACCAGCCGUUUACCAUUGCUACUGCUCACUAUGUCACAGAAUCGUCAGCAUCCAAAGUGGUGACCAAACAGUCCUCUGGUGACAAACUCAUGGAUGGUUCUGAUAUCUACAGUUUAUUAGAGUCUACAAGAAAGCCAUCUGAGUUCAUAGGAGAGGUUACAACUACUUCACAAAACUGGGCUCAGAAAAUUGAAAGAAACACAGAAUGGGAGACAAGUGGUAUAAUAACUGAAAAGGAGGACACUGCGCAAAGAACAAAAGAGAAGGUUGUGCAGGGAAUAAUCGGUUUGGAGGAAACGGGGGAUAUGCAUGCAGUGGGGGAUGCAGCUCAUCUGACUGCAGAGCAGGCAAGCACAAUCAUUGCUUCUGGCUUGAAAGGGAGUGAGGGUACUGCAUUAACAGAGGAAGCUGCUAAAGAGGAAGAUGAGGUUGCUGAUGGUUCUGUUGCUAGCUAUGCUCAAGAGGAGCAGCAUGGCAAAACGACUCAUGAUGCAGCAUUGUUGGAUGGCAAGCCUCUUGAGGAGUCUCCCCUUGUGAAAACAGAGAUUAUCACUUUUGGCACUAUUGCAGAAGGAGAGAAGCCUGACGUGUCUACUAAGGAUGUACCUGUAAUACAUACAGAAACAAAAACCAUAACAUAUGAAUCCUCAGAGAUGGUAUCCCGUCCUGAUACAGAUCCUGGUGUAUUAAUGAGCGCUCAGACAAUUACUUCAGAAACUCUUGGCACUACAACUACAACACACAUUACCAAAACUGUGAAAGGAGGCAUUUCAGAGACCAGAAUUGAAAAGCGGAUAGUGAUUACAGGAGAUGCUGACAUUGACCAUGAUCAGGCGCUGGCUCAGGCAAUUAAAGAGGCCAAAGAGCAGCACCCUGACAUGUCAGUGACCAAAGUAGUGGUACAUAAAGAGACAGAGAUCACACCUGAAGAUGGGGAGGACUGACUAAAGGAAUAAUGGAGCUUGAAAACAAGCUCAGUCGUGUACCCCAUUAGGAAUAUGAGCACCUCUGUGGAGCAACAGACAGAACCUGGCUGACUUCUGUCUGAGGAAAUUACAGCCCUGAAGGAUUUAGCUUGACCAUUUAUGAAGUCAUCGGCAGACAUAUCUUCCCAUUAAAAGCAAUGCAAUUCAGCAUAUUUAAAUCAGUAUUGCAUGAUGCAAAUAUUAAAAGGCAGCAAUUUUUUUCUUUUCUGUUUCCAGUUAUAUCUGCACGUACACGCUCACCACAAUGUUAGACUAUGUGAACUUAAAGUACUAUAUAUAUAUAUAUAUAUAUAUAUAUAUAUAUACAGCCCAUGCCUUCUUCUGAACAAAGCCUCAUUCGUUAGGUGGUAAGCCUUUGUUUACAAAAAGAAAAAUGCAUUACCGCAAGCCCCUAGAAGCUGGAUAGCGUUAUACCACACCUUAUACGUGCCAAUGACACACCUUUCAGUACACCACUUCUGUUUUACUAGGUUUUAUUACUUUUACGGAUUAAAAGGAGACCCCCUUGAAUCUUGUGAGACUAUUUAACUUCUGAUGACGUGUGCUUUGUACAUCCUAUCUAAUUACACAUGAGGUAGUCAUUCUUUUAGUUUUAACUUGAAAUCAAGAUUAUUUUUUUUCAUGUCAGCAUUGUUCUUAAGUUGAACCCUGCUGAUUGGCAGUCAGCAUUGACAUUCUUUACUGUGUACAUGAUGUGUACUUCCUUGAGAGAACAUGUGUUUACUUAGGUUUAUUACACAUUUGACAUCACACUGUUGUUUUCUUGUGUGUUCUUAAUGUCAGUUUUUUUUUUCUUUGCAUUAUCACUGAAAACUGCUUCAUCGACUCUGCUUCUGAUAACCAGUAGAGAGCUAAGCCUUAACCUGUACAGAGUCCCUACCGUAUAUAUAUUGUUCCAAACCCUGCAAAUAAUUCCAUCCUGCCGUCUACUGUGUCACAACUCUUCUUGAAUGUCUGUUAUAGUGAAAUAAAAAUGUAUUGGCCUUGUUCAGAAAACAAAAUAAUCUGCUCUAAUUUGCACCAGCCAUGGUUUCCAGGCAAAAUAUAUUACACAAUGAAAUUGGAAAUCUCUUAGAAAUUCAAAAUCAGUUUUGCCACUAAUCAAAAUAAAGAACUUAUCAUGCUGUUAUGUUAAUUGAACUUAUGAUUGCUUCUGAAUCUUCACAUUUCCAUUUUUUCUUUAUUUUUUGUUUUGCCAAUAAAUGCUGUACAUCACACCUUUAA